AAUGUGGACGUCAAUGUGGAUGGCAAUGUGGGCGAUAAUGUGGAUGGCAAUGGGGAGGGCAAUGUGGGCGAUAAUGUUGGUGGCAAUGGGGAGGGCAAUGUGGGCGAUAAUGUGGGGGGCAAUGGGGAGGGCAUUGUGGGCGAUAAUGUGGGUGUUAAUGGGGAGGGCAAUGUGGACGUCAAUGUGGAUGGCAAUGUGGACGUCAAUGUGGAUGGCAAUGGGGAGGGCAAUGUGGACGUCAAUGUGGAUGGCAAUGUGGGCAAUAAUGUGGGUGGCAAUGGGGAGGGCAAUGUGGACGUCAAUGUGGAUGGCAAUGAGGAGGGCAAUGUGGACGUCAAUGUGGAUUACAAUGUGGGCGAUAAUGCGGGUGGCAAUGGGGAGGGCAAUGUGGACGAUAAUUUGGAUGGCAAUGCGGAGGGUAAUGUGGUCGUCAAUGCGGAUUACAAUGUGGGUGGCAAUGGGGAGGGCAAUGUGGACUUCAAUGUGGAUUACAAUGUGGGUGGCAAUGGGGAUGGCAAUGUGGACGUCAAUGUGGAUUUCAAUGUGGGCGAUAAUGUGGGUGGCAAUGGGGAGGGCAAUGUGGGCGAUAAUGUGGGUGGCAAUGGGGAGGGCAAUGGGGAGGGCAACGUGGACGUCAAUGUGGAUUACAAUGUGGAUGUCAAUAGUGCGGAUGCCAAUAAUGCAGAUAUCAAUAAUGUGGAUGUCACUAAUGUGGAUGUUAAUAAUGUGGAUGUCAAUAAUGUGGAUGUAGUAAUGUGGAUGUGAAUAAUGUUGAUGUGAAUAAUGUGGAUGUCAAUAAUGUGGAUUUCAAUAAUGUGGAUUACAAUGCGGAUGUUAAUAAUGUGGAUGCCAAUGUGGAUUUCAAUAAUGUGGAUUUCAUAAUGUGGAUGUCAAUAAUGUGGAUGUCAAUAAUGAGGAUGUCAAUAAUGUGGAUGUCUAAAAUGUGGAUGUCAAUAAUGUGGAUGACAUUUGGAUGUCAAUGUUGACUAAAAAUAUGGAUGACAAUGUGAACGACAAUGUGGAUGUCAAUGGUUUACAAAUGAGGUCACUGGAUUUGAUGCAUGAUGUUCUGACACUUUUGUUUAUAUUGAGGACACAUUUGUGACACAGGUAUUGUUGAUGAUCGACAAGACACAGGUAAAUCUGAUGAUCACAAGACACAGGUAACUUGAAUGAUCCACAAGACACGGGUAAAUCUGAUGAUCACAAGACACAGGUAACUUGAAUGAUCCACAAGACACGGGUAAAUCUGAUGAUCUACAAGACACAGGUAACUUUGAUGAUCUACAAGACACAGGUAAAUCUGAUGAUUACAAGACACAGGUAACUUUUUUAGAUGUUGAUGUGUCUAAGUAGAGAAGAUGUAUGAACACAUUAUCGGGGAAUUCCUGAAAUAAAUCAACAAUUUGUGGAUAUGAUGAUGACAGGUGACUGCAUCAAUAAUUUUUGGCAAUUGACUACCAGGGGGGGGGGGGGGGGGGGGGGGGGGGGGGGGCAGCGUGGGACAGAUGUCCAUGGCCGUCAGGCUAGAUAGGUGGGUUACCGGAAAUUUGAUCGAAAGAAA